AUGGCAGCCAGUAAACCAAAAUAUCCACUGGGCUCUCCUCAAGAGCAUAUUAAAAUGUGUGGAGCCCAUGAGUUACCUAUUGAUAUGAUAUGUGAGGACUGUGAUGAAUUCAUUUGUGCCAAGUGUGCCAAAAGAGAUCAUAGAGAUCAUGAUUGGAACACCCUACCCACGACAGCCACCGAAAGAAGGAGAGGAUUGAAAACAUUUCUGAGAAAGAUCAAGGAAGAGGAUCUGCCUGGGAUUAAUAAGAAGAUAGAGAAGAUGUCACAACAGAUGACAGAAAAUAAAGAACUGUGUGACUCUGAGAUUAAAAAGCUUCAAAAGCACGUUGAUGAGGUAAUGGCCAGGCUAACAAAUAUCAAGAAACAUAUGGAACAACAAUUUAGAGACAAUUUGAAGAAAGGCAAUGAAAAGUUGGAUGUUGCUAAAUCUGAGUUAAACAAGAAGAAGAAAGAAGUUGAAGAAAUGGUUAAGUUCAUAGAGAAAAACAAAAAUACUAUGUCAGAUUACGGCUUCAUUGACAACCACAGAGAACUGAAACAACUGUUGUCUAACCUGAAUGUUGAUGUGAAGAAUUGUACACCAUCGAUGAGAUAUAGUAAAGGAGAAGUCAGUGAUGCUGUACUGGAGAAAUUCAUUGGAAAGUCAUUUGAUUUAGAUGAUAUUUAUUUGACUGAAACAAGCUUAUUUAAAUAUGGAGAGAAAGGGGUAGUUUUGCUGAGGGCAGGUGGUGAAGAUCAAUGUUACAUGAAACAAUCAGAGUCAGAUUAUAUUGAACAAGUGAACAAAGAAGGGGAGAAAAAACAACAAUAUUAUAUCAAUCCUAGUGACAUGUGUAAGACUGAAACCGGUGAGGUUUAUUUCAGCGAUUUUAGUAACAAUUUCAUCGGCUGUCUGUCACCAUCAGGACCUGUCUCUACAGUCAUUGAUACAGAUCCACUGCAAUCAGGAGGAAUCUGUCAGUCAGUGGACGGUGGACUACUGGUCACCUUGUUGGAUGAGGAAUCAGAUGAUUUUAAAUUAGAGUCACACAGCAAGCGUUUGGUGAGACACAUCACAGUGAAAGGUGAUGUCAUCCAUGAGUAUGAGUACCAGGAGGACGGUCAAACCAGACUGUUUGUAUUGCCAUUCAGAGUCUCACAGAACAGCAACAGCGAUAUCUGUGUUGUGAAUCGCACAAGUGAAAACACAGGUGAACUAGUGAUUUUGUCUUCCUCUGGUCACACCAAGUCUAUCUACCGUGGACAAAGUAUGACAGAGGACUUUUGGCCAGGUAAUGCAGUGUGUGACUCCCUCUGUCACAUCCUUGUUAAUGACUUUAACAACAAACAGAUCCAUCUGCUGAGUCCUGAAGGUGAGUUCCUGAAGUUCUUACUAACAGACAAUGAAGUAAACUGUCCAUCCAGGUUAUCACUAUACAAAUCUACACUGUGGGUGGGAUAUAGGAAAGGACUUGUUAAAGUGUUUUCGUACAGAAUGUAA